CGACUUUCCUCUCGACGCGCUGUUUGAUCACUCUGACGAUGUCUUGGGCCUAUCGUGUACUCAGGGCUCUAAAGGCAUAUUGACGCAUAUCGCCUUCGCGACCCCAACACACGUACUAUGUGUUCGCAUGACUGGCUCUGUGUCGUCCUCCAAGGCGAAGAAACGCAAAGCCGCAAGGGCGAAUCCUCACCAGCUUCCGAGAGGUCGCGAUAUUCUGCAGACCAUGCUCCUACACAGCGCGGAGCACCGCAAGCUCGCUUUCGACAUGCAUAAGCUGGCGCUAGCGCUGUAUUAUGAUUUCGAGCUGACGGUUAUCAGGGCUGUGGACCUGCAGUCCGCGCAGAAUGAAGACCGCCAGUCACUAGACACACUUUUGUCGUUGUUGGGCGGUACAGGGGCGGUG